AUGUUCAACCAUGAGCAUCGCUCCCGAUUUCACCCAGUGACAGCAAGCUUAGUAUUCAUGUGUUAUCUCAUCCCCGGCCUCUGGGAAGCACUCAAUGCAGCAGGUGUUCACCAAAGAUCCUACUUAGCCGCCCCGGUGAAAGAUGGUGAUCGAGUUGCUUAUGAAACGUUAGCCCUGCACUUGAGUGACGUGGAAGAUAGGAGCCUCUCAGCAUUGGAAAUGUCAGCAUUACUUGGACAUUGUUGUACAUUGCUUAUAGGUGUAGUCAUCGGCUCAUCUGAGAAGAUUCGAAGUGGUUCAGAGCAGAUUAAAAGAUGGUUUAAGACUCUCAUGGUCACAUUGAAUAAGCAAGGCCAUAGCAAAACCGCAACGGCACUCGAUCUCUAUCCACCAAGUUCAGCUAUCGACUGGAUCAACUCUCAACCAUGGGCAGGAAACCUUAUACUCGGUCUUCUAAUGACUACUUUUGAGUCACCAGGAAGAGAACUCAUGGAUCAAAUUAGGAUGGUUGCAAGUUAUGCUCAGAUGACAACUUACUCAACCAUCAAACAGUACCUUGAUCAGUGCAUGGAUGCUACACUCGCGCUCCCAGCUGUCGCAUCUGAAAUUCCCAAAUUUCUCUACACUGAGCAGGAUCUCAGAAGUAAACUUGGAGAAUGGUUUGAGUUCAUGGGAGCCAUUCGACAUCCUGAAGUAAUCAAGCUUGCCCCAAGGUCAUUCCCAAACCUAUCUUCUGCCGCCCUUUUCUGGAGCCGCAAGGAAAGUGCGACAGUGACAGCCUUCAGAGCGCCUGUGAUCCAAUUAGGGUCUUCAUUGACCGAAUCUCUUCUGACUCGAGCAAGGAGGAGAGAGAUUGUCCGAUCUGGUAUUGGUGGAGAGAUGACUCCAAAUAUUAAGAAAAUAUUAGGAUUAGUGGGUGUUACUGGUUAUGCAACUGACAAGUGA